AUAUGGCAGUGUGGAGGAAGCCUUGAGAUCCACCCGUGCUCACACGUAGGUCACGUUUUCCCCAAACAAGCUCCAUACUCACGGUCCAAAGCUUUGGCAAACAGUGUGCGUGCAGCUGAAGUGUGGAUGGAUGAAUAUAAAGAAAUUUAUUACCACCGAAACCCACAUGCUCGUCUGGAACCAUAUGGAGAUGUGACAGAAAGGAGACUCCUUCGAGAGAAGCUGAAAUGUAAGGACUUCAAAUGGUUCUUGGAGAAUGUGUACCCAGAGCUUCACGUACCCGAGGACAGACCGGGCUUCUUUGGAAUGCUGAAGAAUAGAGGAAUGGCAAACUUCUGUUUUGAUUAUAACCCUACAAAUGAACAUCAAGUAACCGGACACAGGAUCAUAUUGUACCCCUGUCAUGGCAUGGGACAAAAUCAGUUUUUCGAGUACACAUCCCAUAAUGAAAUACGUUACAACACCCGACAGCCAGAAGUCUGUGCAGCAGUCGAUUCAGGGACUGACUACUUGACAAUGUACUUGUGUCAAGAAAAUGUCCACAGUGUUCCUGAAAACCAGAAGUUUGUUUUCAGAGAGGACGGUACUUUGUUUCAUCUACACACCCAGAAGUGCGUACAAGCCCAGUCAAACGCUUACAAUGGUAACCCAGCACCGUUGUUACGACCCUGUACCAACUCGGACUACCAAAAAUGGUUCUUCAAAGAAAGAAGUUGAUCCAGAUGUCAUCUAGGAUAUUGCUGAAUAUGAAAAUGUUCUCUUUCUAGUCAGCAGUUAGUCAGCCUUUUGAAAAUCACACAGGUGAUAUAUUUUUGUACGGAAAGAACUGUAAUUAGUUUACAAGCCUUGGAUUUUGUUUUCUGGAGCAUUAAAAGGCACUAAGCAUUGAGAGCUACGUAAAGUAAGUGCUGUAGCUGUAUCAUGCUACAGAAUCUGCUCCUCUCUUCUCUUUAUUUGGCAGCUACAUAACUGCUUCUGAAGUGUCCGAGGGUCUUUUCACAAGUGACGAUAUAUUUUUUUAAUCUACUGUGUGAAAGUA